UCCAUUUCCCCCAGCAUCCCAAACCUCCACCAUGUCGCCAUACCUCGGGCGCAUAAUCCCACGAGGGCCGUUACCAACCCACCUCCCUUCGCAACACCUCCGCCGAGCCAUACACCUCUCACGACCGUUAACCCGAACCGCUAUUUUCCCCCGUCCCGUCCGCAACACAACAGAGCCCCGAAUCCAGCUACGCAGCUUGUCCACGAGUAUUCCGUUACGCGCUAGCUCAUCUGAGCUCCUCGACGAUGUCCUCCCCAUCUGUUGUCCCGGAUGCGGUGCAUAUUCGCAGACCGUCGAGCCAAAUGAGGCUGGAUAUUAUGGGAAAACUAGGAAGCAGACGCGGAAGCUCCUGUCCGAGACGCAACAAGUGAUUGAUGGCCAGGAUGAGGGGUCUGGGGUUAAGGCUGAGGCGGAGAAGGCGGCGGGGAGGAUUCAGAAGUAUCUUGAGUCGACGGAGGAGGGAAAGGAAGGGGUUCCGAGGCCGAAAUUUGGAGCUUCUCUUGUGAAGGCUGCGGAUACGGCUGGUCGAUACUUGGAAAAGUCGAAGGUUCCGGUGCAGGUCUGCGAUAGAUGCCAUGAUCUGGUGCAUCAUAAUAAGGCUGUUUCGGCUGUGUCGCCGACGAUAGAUUCGCUCCGGGCGUAUCUUGAUGAGUCGCCUCAUAAGCAUAACCGUAUCUAUCAUGUGGUUGAUGCGGCGGAUUUUCCGAUGUCAGUGGUUAAGGAUGUCUACGAGACGCUUGGAAUUAUGGAUCCGCGGUCGAAGAACAGGCGCUCGGCGACUUAUAGCUAUAAGGCGGGGAAGAAGCAGCCGACUAUAAGUUUUAUUAUCAACAGGUCGGAUCUGUUGGCCGCUACGAAGGAGCAAGUGGACUCGAAGAUGGAGUAUGUACGCUCUGUUCUUCGUGAUACGUUUAAUCUCUCGCAUGAGGAAUUUCGCUUGGGAAAUGUGCAUAUGAUCAGCGCUCAGCGAGGCUGGUGGACGAAGAAAGUCAAGGAAGAGAUUAGGGAGCAUGGUGGUGGGAUCUGGGUGGUUGGCAAGGCCAACGUUGGAAAGAGCAGUUUCAUUGAGGCUUGCUUUCCCAAGGAUUCAAGGAACCUGGAGAAAAUCGCAGAGCUAAUUGAGCUCCGCGAGGAGGAAUCCAGAAUGGCCGCCCAUUACGACACCUCUGCCCUCGACUCAGAUGGACUUCUACCUCCUGCGCCGAGGGAAGACCUUUAUCCUAUCCUCCCGGUGGUGUCGUCUUUACCUGGAACGACGGUUUCCCCUAUUCGCAUCCCGUUUGGCCGUGGAAAAGGCGAAAUGAUCGACCUGCCGGGGCUUGACCGUGGCGACUUGGCCGAUCAUGUUCGUGAUAAGUUCAAGCGCGACCUGAUCAUGACCAAGAGGCAGAAGCCUGAACGCCACUCAAUCAAGCCGGGUCAGUCCCUACUGCUUGGGGGAGGCCUGGUCAGGAUCACGCCGGUGAACCCUGACGACAUAGUGAUUGCCGCUUGCUUCGUUCCGCUUGAGGCGCAUCUCACGAGAACGGACAAGGCCAUUGAAAUGCAAGCCGAGGAGCGCCCAUAUCCUGGCACCAACAUUGCGCAGGAGGGUUAUGGCAAGACUAUCGCUUCUGCAGGAGUUUUCGACUUGAAAUGGGACGUGACCCAAUCGCACCUCCCGCGGUCCAUUGCCAAGGCAGUUGCGGACAAGAAGAUGAAGAUGCCGUCUGUGCCCUACAAGGUCAUGUCGACCGAUAUUUUGAUUGAAGGAUGCGGCUGGAUCGAACUUACCGUGCAAACUCGAGCCAAGUCCGUCAAGGAGUCCGAGGCUGAGGCCGGGUCCCCAGGGUCCUUCCCGCAAGUCGAGAUCUUCACUCCUCACGGCCGCCAUGUUGGAUCUCGCGCUCCAAUUGAGUGCUGGAAGUUCAUUGCCGCUAAGAAGGUCUUGGACAAUCGUGCCAAGGGCCCUCGAGGACGGCAGAACAUUGGGCUGGAGAAGCGAGCCCGACAUGGCUGAACUUCAGCCCAUGGUUGGUUGGCAUUGCUUUCCAGCAUGAAUAACUUGUAUAGUAUAUGUUUGCAUAGCGAUUGGUGUUUCCAGGUGUCUAGAAGGGAUAAACAAAAAUGUACCAUAAUGCCGUUGUGGCUGGAUGUAACUAGUGUCUCGGUGGUGAGCAGAUUAUUAGAUUAUCAACGGCCUGCGUCUCCCGCGUGGGCAUCUUCCC